AAUCUAUUGCAUUGCACGAUUGCAAGUACGCGAUCGGGCCCAACGUUUGGAAGCGACCUUCGAUGGCUUGGUAUUUAAGGGCCGUCGCCGAUUUGGGGAAACGUAGUCAGAUCGUUGACGUUUUCCGAGUAUUACAAACCAUGUACAAGUUUCUGCUCAUUGCUGCCCUCCUGCCGGCCGUCGUCUUCGGACAGACUCCGUUCCGACCAUGCGGCAACGGUAUCCCGACUCCGGCGUCGCUCAACAUUGAGGGAUGUACGUCGCUUCCUUGUACGGUCGUGUCCGGCGCUGGAUUGGUUGCCCGUGGCAUUGGCAUCGUAUCCCCGGUCGCUACCCCCACCCUUGAGGCCCAUCUGACCGCUCGUCUGCUUGGACUGGAUGUUGGAUUUGAGAUUCCAGAGGAUCUGCGUGAUGCAUGCGCCGUUGGCAUUUCGGGUGCUUCCUGUCCGAUUGCGGCUGGAGAAUCGUUCGACUAUGAGCUGAACUAUUCCAUGGAAUUGCCACUGGUCGGUAUUACUGUGCAGGUUCAGGUCGGUCUGACUGCUGCCGACGGUACUGAUGUGACUUGCAUUGAAAUUGAUGCUGCCAUCGUCGGUUAAACUGUCUCCACCAACACAACUUUUCCGUAAUAAACCUUUCUGAAUCACCACACUAAACAUAAGUUAUUUUUAGUGCGAUGUUUAA